AUGAGAAUCUUUCCCAACUCUUGCUUCUUUUCUGUAAAAGUUCUUUCUCGGUCUCUCCUUUCUUUCUUCCUAUGCAGACAAUCUUCAAUCUACCGGAGUGUUUGGAAGCCACAGCCUUUUUUUUUCCGUUUACGUAAAGUUUUUUUCUUCUUCUUCUUCAACUCCGUCCUGUUUACAUUUCUCGCAGAUAUUCGUCUUCCUUCUUCAUAUCUUCAUGUUCCGUCUGUUCCUCAAAGAAACCGAUCCGAAGCACACCCUCUCUUUCUCUCUCCCUCUCUUUCUCUUUAUCUUUCUCUCUCUCGCUCUCUCUCUCUCUCUCUCUCUAACUGUCUGUCUAUCUAUCUCAUUAGAACGUUUGAUUUCCGUUUCCGCCAUUUUUGUCGCGUUGUUCUUUCCUUUCCGCUUUCUUUAUCUCUUUUCGUUCUGGACAGCGACUCGAUAUUUUCAUGUAGUUCUUCCACCUUCAGCGAGCGUUUUUUUUCUCUUUGUUCCUUUGCUCCUGAGGAUAUUCUUACUGUCAUCUCUCUUUCUCUCUCGCUUUCUAUCUCCCUCAUUUCUCUCUCUCUCAUUAACAUUAUCCUCCUCUUCUUUACUGUCUCUGUUUCUGAAGAAUACGCACCAGCAUCUAUCUAUCUAUCUAUCUAUCUAUCUAUCUAUCUAUCUAUCUAUCUAUCUAUCUAUCUGCCCCUCUCUCUCUCUCUCUCUAUAUAUAUAUAUAUAUAUAUAUAUAGAUAG